CGAUGGAUAGUCAUUGACUUCCACGCCCGCCCUCCCAAUCGGAUCCAUCUAUAACCUCCCUCCCAUCUCCUGCUUCCGCAGUCCAGCUCGCAACUGCUCCCAAUUUCACGCCGUCCUCUUCCUCAGCUCACUCCCUUGCCCGCCGCCCGCUUCGCCGCGGAGGGUUCGGUGUUUCUGAGAGCUUUGAGGUGAGUGAGGGAACAUGGCGGGGACGGAGGAGCUGUACGUGGCGUCGAUCGACCAGGGCACCACCAGCACCAGGUUCAUCGUCUACGACCGCCACGCCAGGCCCGUCGCCUCGCACCAGCUCGAGUUCAAGCAGCACUACCCGGAGGCUGGAUGGGUCGAGCAUGAUCCUAUGGAGAUUAUAGAGAGCGUGAAGAUUUGCAUGUCAGAGACACUUGGCAAAGCUGCAGCUAGUGGACUUAAUGUGGAUGCUGGUUUGAAGGCCAUUGGGAUCACAAAUCAGAGGGAGACAACAGUUAUGUGGAGCAAAUCCACAGGUCUUCCACUAUACAAUGCCAUAGUGUGGAUGGAUGUUCGCACAAGCUCUAUUUGCAGGAGACUGGAAAGUGAGCUAUCAGGUGGUAGAACGCACUUUGUGGAAACGUGUGGCCUACCAAUCAGUACCUAUUUCAGUGCUCUGAAGUUAUUAUGGUUGAUGGAGAAUGUUGACGCUGUCAAGGAUGCAGUCAAGGCUGGUGAUGCAUUAUUUGGCACAAUCGACACCUGGUUGAUCUGGAACCUCACAGGAGGCAUUGGUGGGAAAGACACUGAUGGAAAAGAAUUACUUGGCCAACAUGUCACAGACUGCUCAAAUGCAUCACGUACGAUGCUUAUGAAUCUAAAGGCACUUGAUUGGGACAAGCCUACACUUGAGGCAUUAGGCAUUCCUGCUGGCAUCUUGCCGAAGAUUAUCAGCAACUCAGAGAAGAUUGGUGUGGUUGCCAGUGGGUUCCCUUUGGCUGGCGUCUCCAUCUCAGGUUGUCUAGGAGAUCAGCAUGCUGCAAUGCUUGGGCAGCUAUGCCAGAAAGGUGAAGCAAAAAGCACCUACGGAACUGGUGCCUUCAUCCUUCUCAACACAGGGGAGGAGGUUACCCAGUCCUCCCACGGUCUUCUUAGCACCAUUGCUUACAAGCUUGGCCCACAUGUGCCCACCAAUUAUGCUCUAGAAGGCUCAAUUGCAAUUGCUGGUGCAGCAGUGCAGUGGUUGAGGGACAGCCUUGGAAUCAUUAGCUCGGCAGCAGAAAUUGAAGGGUUGGCUGAAAGUGUGCAGGAUUCAGGUGGGAUAUACUUUGUGCCAGCAUUCAAUGGAUUGUUUGCACCAUGGUGGAGAGAUGAUGCGAGGGGUAUCUGCAUAGGAAUCACAAGGUUCACAAAUAAGGGGCACAUUGCUCGGGCAGUGCUUGAGAGCAUGUGUUUUCAGGUGAAUGAUGUCCUCAGCUCCAUGCAUAAGGAUGCUGGGGAGGCAGGAGAGGUCAAGAGUGCAGAAGGAGAGUUCUUGUUGCGUGUUGAUGGUGGUGCUACUGUUAACAACCUUCUCAUGCAGAUUCAGGCUGAUUUGCUGGGUAGCCCUGUUGUCAGACCAGCUGACAUCGAGACAACAGCCCUUGGAGCUGCAUACGCAGCAGGGUUGGCUGCUGGAGUUUGGACAAAGGAGGAAAUAUUUGCAGGCUUGCACAAGGAUAACACAACGGUGUUCCGCCCUAGACUGGAUGAUGCCCAUAGGAAGAAGAGAGGAGACUCCUGGUACAAGGCGGUUUCAAGAUCAUUUGAUCUGGCUGAUCUUUCUCUCUAGACUGGUAGCCUACUUGGCAUAUUUGUGUGAUCUGUCCUUGGCUAGCAACUGUAUUUGCUGCCACCUGUUGCUGAAUAAAUUGUUCUAUCUUGUGUUC